UGAUUACUGACUUGCCGCCAUUGUAUUUUAUAUUAUUACUUAAAGCGCUUUAAUUUUUAUUGGUUGAAAUAUUAUACGCAAAUCAAAUUUGUGAUAACUAAGGUUACUAUAUACGUUUGAUUAUGGAUUCAUUAGAUCUCGUAGCACGGGAGAACGAAUUCAAGAAAUUAAAUAAACAGUUGGAAAAGAAAACGGAAAGCCUAAUGAAAGAAAUUGAACAUGUAAUGCAAAAGCAAGAUAUAUUCUCAGAAUUCUCUCACAACCUCACAUUGAGCCCGGCACACAAAACAAACAGACAUUGCUGUGAAGUUCAAAAAGUAUCAACAGAUAGCAAAGAAACUGUUAAUAACACCAAAAAAAGUAGACCUCUAAGCAAAAAUAAACCAAAAAUAAUUCCAAAUUUAGAAUCCAGAGAUAAUUCUAAUUUUGAAAAAGGAACAAUAGAAAAAACAAAUGAGACGAAUAUGCUUAAAGCGAAACCUUGUUGCUGCCUUUUAUCUAAUAACAAAAAAAUAAAUGAUGAUUUAGAAUUUUUAUAUGCUUUUGUGUCUGUUAAUGUUAAGGAUAAAAUAUUACCUGAAUCGUUUGUGAAAGAUAAAGUGACAACGGAAAAUGUGUGUAAGUUUCUAUCAGCCAAAGUUAAAUUAAUGCAAGAACAAAUAGACAAGCUUCAAGGUACCAUAGACAAGAAGAUAAAACAAUGCGAAGGUCACAUGACUCACAUAGCUGAGUUGGAAAGCGAACGUUUAACUCUUAUAAAUAGAGCAAACAGCAUGAGAUCCGAAACAGCCGAUAUCAAGGCCAAGUGCGCUGUGAUGCAGAAUCGUCUGGACGAAAAGGAACGCCUUUAUAAGGAACAGAGAAGCGACACAGACAGACUGACAUCGGAAGUGAAACAAUUGAAAACUAAAAAUAUAAAUCUGGAAGCAAGAUGCGCGUCACAAGAGGAAGUUAUAUCUAAUCUCAAACAGCAAGUGGAGGCUGCGAAAUUAUAUGAAAAGGAUUUCCGGGAUUCCACACGAUCGCUGGCAACAUCGCACCAAAAUUCCAUAACGCGUUUGGAAGGGAAAAUCAAAAUAUUAUCAACGCACAUUGACAAACAAACGUCGCUGAUUGAAAAUUUGAGGAAACAAAACGCUCUCCUCCUCACCGAGGGCGCUGUGAAAGCUUUGGAACAUGAAUACUGUGAAUUUUUAAACCAGGACUUAUGAAUAACUAUCUUCUUCUUCUUGUGCCUCUCCACUACUGGAGGUUGGCCGUCAGCUCAGCGAAUUUUUCGCGGUCUCGCGCCAAGCGAAAUAGUUUUUCCACGCUGGCGAUCUUCGUCCAUUCACGGAUGUUGCGCAACCAGGACUUUU